GUCAAUAUGCCGCAGGAAAUCAAGGAAGUCAAAGAUUUUCUAAUCAAAGCCCGUAGAAAGGAUGCCCGUGCAGUUAAAAUAAAGAAGAACGAGAAUAACACAAAGUUCAAGAUCCGCUGUUCAAGAUAUCUUUAUACACUGGUUGUUUUUGAUAAGGAGAAGGCUGAAAAAUUGAAGCAAUCUUUGCCUCCAGGUCUUCAAGUUAAGGAAAUGGCAGGAGAAGCUUCAUAUUCGCCAGCAUUAAUUAAUGAAAAUGAUGCUGAAAAUCAUCAAAUUCUUGAGCUUAUUUGGAAAUCUGGCUUGAGAUCAUGGAAGAAGAGAUUUAUUCAAUUUACUACCAAAGUCCGUAAUGGAGCUUACCCAGCUCAUCUUGAAAGCUUAUGGGUGAUUAUGAUGAUAAUCAUGAGCUUUCAUUUCACGUCACCGAAUAAAGUUCCUUACGAUGCAGUCGAGAAAGUGCUUAAAAUAAUGCCACAAAACACAAUCGACUACCAAAUAUUUUCAUGUUUUGUCGUUGCCCUGUCAUGUUGGCUAAUUAUAUGUUUUACAAUGCGAUAUAUAUUAAAAUUUCUUUUAAUGUAUAAAGGAUUUAUGUUUGAGACGCGUGGAAAAGGAAUUAGUUUAACAACAAAAAUUUGGGCUGUUUUAGUCAAAGUAUUUGUUAAAUGGAAUACGCCGUCUUUGUACAGCUUUCAAGGUUCUCUGCCUCAUCUCCCACUUCCCAGUGUUAAGAGUACAUGCGACAGGUAUUUGAGAUCAAUUCGGCCUCUGAUGGAUGAAGAAAAUUACAAGAAAACUGUGAAAGAUAUUCGAGAUUUUCAAAGUACAAUUGCGAACAAACUCCAAUUUUAUUUGAUAUUGAAAAGUUGGUGGUCGUCUAAUUACGUGUCUGAUUGGUGGGAAGAAUAUGUUUACCUACGUAAUCGUGAACCGCUAAUGUACGGAAGCAAUUAUUACGGAUCUGAUAUCGUUAAUCCACCAACAAAAAUUCAGUCUGCACGAGCGGCAAAUUUAACUUAUCUGAUGAUAAAAUUUCGAAAAAGAAUUGAGAGACAGGAAUUGAAACCAAUCAUGGUACAAGGUUUAGUUCCAUUAUGUUCAUGGCAAUAUGAACGAAUGUUCAACACUGUUCGUGUGCCUGGAAUUGAAGGCGAUAAAAUUGUUCAUUAUAAAGACAUCAAGCACAUUGUCGUUUUACAUAAAGGAUGUUAUUUUAAAAUAUCUCUUUAUCACAAAGACAGAAUGUUGAAUCCUUGUGAACUUCAAUAUCAAAUUGAAGAAAUUUUGAGAAAGAAUCCAAUAUCAUCAAAAGCUGAAGAUCAUCUUGCAUCACUCACAGCGUGGAAUCGCACUAAAUGGGCAGAAACACGUGAGAAAUACUUUUCUCAUGGCAUCAACAAAACUUCAUUAAAUGAAAUUGAAAGUGCUGCAUUUGUUCUUGCAUUAGAUGAUGAACCGUUUGAAUACGACACCAACUCAUCACCAACCGAGUACGGUUUUUAUGGUCGUCAACUUCUUCAUGGCAAAGGUCACGAUCGAUGGUUUGAUAAGAGUUUUAAUUUCUGUGUUGGAACGAAUGGAAAAUCUGGUCUAAAUGGGGAACACACUUGGGGUGAUGCACCAGUUUUGGCUCAAAUGUAUGAGGAUUGCCUAUUUGAUGACAUGCAGUGUUAUGAUGAAUAUGGGAAACUCAAAGGAUCAAAAGAAGUCAAACCGCCACUGCCACUUCGUCUUGAUUGGGACUUUAGUGAUCGUGAUUUGACAGAAAGAAUCGAAGAGGCUUUCCAAGAUUCUCAGAAAAUAGUCAAUGAUGUUGACCAUAAAAUUUUCAUUCAUAAAACUUUUGGCAAAGGAUUUAUUAAAACAUGUCGCUUGUCGCCAGAUGCUUACAUUCAGAUGGCGCUUCAACUCGCAUAUUUUCGAGAUUUCGGCAAUUUUUCACUGACUUAUGAAGCGUCAAUGACUCGGUUAUAUCGUGAAGGUAGAACCGAAACAGUUCGUCCUUGCACAAUUGAGUCAGCAGCAUGGGUGAAAGCAAUGGAAGAUGAGAAUUCGAAUACAGACGAACGAGUGAAACUUUUAAAGGAAGCUUGUAAUCGUCACCAACAAGGAUAUUUGGAUGCAAUGUGCGGACGCGGAGUCGAUCGUCAUUUAUUUUGUCUUUAUGUUGUUUCGAGGUAUUUAGAACUUGACUCACCAUUCUUGAAAGAAGCAAUCAGUCAACCUUGGCGGCUCUCAACAAGUCAAACACCUCUCGGUCAAACACCAAAAACUGAAUGGAAAGGAGAUGAAAAUUUCAUCAGUGCGAGUGGUGGGUUUGGUCCGGUAUCAUCAGACGGAUACAGUGUUUCAUAUAUUAUUCUUGGCGAUAAUUUAAUCUUCUUUCACGUGUCAAGCAAAAAAAGUUGUGCUAUCACAGACACUGAUAGAUUUGGAAACGGAAUAUUUAAAGCAAUGACCGAUAUCAAACUUUUAUUCGAAGAUUUUAAUCAAAAAAAAUUUACCAAGAAUAUGGCAGAAGCCCAUCAAGCUGUGUCGUAUCAAGAAUUGAUUAAACAAGAGCAUACAGAUACAAACCAUGACAAGGAAGUUUUACAACUUGUUUGGCAAUCUGGUUUGAGAUCAUGGAAGAAACGUUUUGCUUUAUAUAGAAGUAAAGUCCGAAAUGGAAUUUACCCAGCACACCUUGAGAGUCUAUGGAUCAUUAUGGGAAUUGUUAUAGGUCUUCAUUUCUCUUCAAAUACGACAAAAAUUCCAUACGACCUAGCAAAUGUUUUCAUAAAAAUUAUGCCUGAUUCAUCAGCUGUUUGGCAAAUUGUUGCUUGCUGUUUAGUGAGCCUUGUAUAUUGGCUUACAAUUUGCCUAGUUAUGAGGUACACAUUGAAAUUUCUGUUGUUGUAUAAGGGCUUCCUAUUUGAAACUCGAGGAAAAAAGGUCAGCACGAAAACAAAAAUCUGGGGGAUGCUUGUCAAGUUCUUUCUUAAAUGGAAUGCUCCAUCGAUAUACAGUUUUCAAGGGUCACUACCACGCUUACCAGUACCGAAAGUUGAAGAAACUAUCGCACGUUACUUACGCUCUGUUCGACCUCUACUUGAUGAUGCAAACUAUGAGCGAGUUAAAGCUCUUUCCGUUGAAUUUCAAAAUGGAAUUUCAAAAAAGUUUCAAAGGUAUUUAAUUCUUAAGAGUUGGUGGUCAAACAAUUACGUAUCUGAUUGGUGGGAGGAAUAUGUUUAUCUACGUGGUCGAACUUCUCUUAUGGUCAACAGUAAUUAUUAUGGAUCUGAUUCGUUUGAUAAGCCAACAAGCUGCCAAACGGCACGAUGUGCUAGUCUUAUCUAUCAAUUCUUACAAUUCAGAAGGAAAAUAGAGCGGCAAGAAAUGAAACCGAUUAUGGUUCAAGGUCUUGUUCCACUUUGUUCAUGGCAAUACGAACGAAUGUUCAAUACAACAAGAAUUCCCGGAGAGGAAGUUGACAAAAAUGUUCAUCUUAAUGAUAGUAAACACAUCGUUGUGUUACAUAAAGGAUGUUAUUACAAGAUGCCAAUCUACCACAAUAAACGUUUACUAAAUGCUUGUGAACUUCAAUGUCAACUUGAAUAUAUUUUAAAGAAUUCUAAUAAAACCUCACAUGGAGAAAAGUAUUUGGCUUCAUUGACAGCAUGGAAUCGAACAAAAUGGGCACAAACACGCAAUAAAUUCUUUUCUUCUGGUAUCAAUAAAACUUCUUUGGAUGCUAUCGAAAGUGCGGCAUUCUUUAUCAUUCUUGAUGAACGAUCAUUCAAUUAUGACACACCCGAAGGUCAAGCAAGUGGUUUUAAUUAUGACAAAUAUGCAGCUGAAGGUCUUCAUGGUAGAGUCUAUGAUCGGUGGUUUGACAAAAGUUUCCAGCUUUGCAUUGGAACUAAUGGGAGGUUUUUAAUGUUGGCAGAACAUUCCUACGCUGAUGCACCAUCUGUAUCGCAUAUGUUUGAAGAAAGUUGCUAUUAUGAUCUUCACAGUUAUGAUGAAAAUGGAAAUCUUUUGGGUGCAAUGGAAAUGAAGCCACCAGUUCCAAUAAGAUUAACAUUUGAAUUUAGCCCUGAGUUAAUCAAAUUAAUUGACGAAGCUUACAAUGAUGGACUGAAAAUUAUAAAUGACGUUGAUCACAAACUUGUAAACCAUGAUGCAUUUGGAAAAGGUUUUAUAAAGACUUGUCGUGUAUCACCGGAUGCCUACAUUCAACUGGCACUCCAACUCGCAUAUUUCAGAGAUUAUGGGAAAUUCUCUUUAACUUAUGAGGCUUCGAUGACAAGAUUAUAUCGUGAAGGUAGAACAGAAACAGUCCGAUCAUGUACAAUUGAAUCAUCAGCAUGGGUGAGAGCGAUGGAAGAUGAAAACAUAAGUAUAGAAGAAAAAAUGAGAUUAUUUAAAGUUGCUUGUCUAAGACAUCAACAAGGAUAUUUGGAUGCGAUGUGUGGUCGUGGAAUUGAUCGUCAUCUAUUUUGUCUUUAUGUGGUAUCAAAAUAUUUGGAAGUGGAAUCACCAUUCUUAAAAGAAGCAAUUAGUGAACCAUGGCGUUUGUCAACGAGUCAAACACCACACGGCCAAACACCGUUAAUUGACUUAAAAAAGAAUCCGCAACUCAUCACACCUGGAGGUGGAUUCGGACCAGUUUCUUAUGACGGUUACAGUGUUUCUUACAUCAUUUCCGGGGAAGAAAGAAUUUUCUUCCAUCUUUCCAGCACAAAAAGUUGUCCUGUAACAGACACAAAUCGUAUUUCAAAACGCAUCUUUAAAGCAAUGGAUGACAUUAAAAAGUUAUUUGAAGAAUUUGAUAAAAUUCAAAACAAAACAGACAAAAAGAAUGGUGCAAUCCAUUAG